GAAUACUAUGUAAGUCUCAACUCUCAAGAAAACAUAAAGGAAAAAGUAUAGAACAACACCAUGUUUGUGAAGGAAAAGACAACCCAGGCCCAAUACGAAAUCUUAUUUCCUCCUUUGAUGGGCAAGAUGAACAGACAAGACAACCCAGACCCAAGGACGAAAUUGAAAAACCCCCGAAACAACCGCCAAUUGGAGAUUUGAAAUCGUUUUUGUGCUUUAAAACAUUGCUUGCUUCAACCAAACUUUUCGGAACUCAGUUUCGAAACAUGACACAUGCCUUCAACUCUGCAUCAACUCACGACCAAGAUCGUGUCUUUAUCACGGUCCGGCCUUAUCACAAGCGCUCGCAAACUGUUCGACGAAAUGCCUCAAAAGGACUCAAUCACUUGGAACGCAAUGCUUUCAAGCUACUCCCAACUGGGUCUUCACAAAGAUGCUCUCUCUCUUUUCCAUCUCAUGAGAAUCAGCAACGCGAAGCCCGACCACUUCACCUUCACAUCAACUUUAAACGCUUGUUCCGGCCUCGGUUCACUUCAGACCGGAAUGAAAACCCACGCAUUAAUCAUUGCUUUUGGGUACCAAUCCUUUUUACCUGUUAGUAAUUCUCUCAUUGAUAUGUAUGGGAAAUGCUUAGUUCCUUCUAGUGCAAGAAAAGUAUUUGAAGAGAUGGGUCAAAGUCAAAGAAAUGAAGUAACUUGGUGCUCUCUUUUAUUUGCUUAUGUGAAUUCUGGUCUGUUGAAUAUAGCAUUUGAAACCUUUUAUGGAAUGCCAAACAGGGUCUUAGUUGCUUGGAAUAUUAUGAUUUCGGGUUUUGCUCGAUUUGGAGAGGUUGAAGUGUGUAUUAAUUUGUUUAAAGAUAUGAGAGUGAGUUUGUGUUGUUGUCCGGAUCAGUGGACUUUUAGUUCUCUAAUGAAUGUGUGUACUGAAUCAUUGGAAUACACAUGUGGGUGCGCUGUGCAUGGUUUUAUUAUUAAAAGUGGUUGGAGCUCAGCUAUGGAAGCUAAGAAUUCAAUUCUAAGCUUUUAUGCUAAACUAGGUUGUGUGGAUGUUGCUAUGAUGGAGUUUGAGUCUGUAGGGUUGCUCAGUCAAGUGUCUUGGAAUGCUAUGAUUGAUGGUUAUAUAAAAAUGGGGAACACAUGUGAAGCCCUUAAUGUGUUUCGGCACCUACCUGAGAAGAAUGUGAUUUCAUGGACGUGUAUGAUUGUGGGGCAUGCAAGAAAUGGGGAAGGAGAACAAGCUCUUAGCUUCUUUGUUCAGAUGGUGAGAAGUUGUGUACUGCCGGAUGAUUUUACAUUUGGAGCUGUACUUCAUGCGUGUUCAAGUUUGGCAGUACUAGGGUAUGGCAAAAUGGUCCAUGGUUGUGUGAUUCGAUAUGGUUUUCAAGCCUAUGUCUAUGUUGGCAAUGGCCUGGUUAACAUGUACGCUAAAUGUGGGGAUAUCAAAGGGUCAAGCUGUGCAUUUAAUAAUAUUCUUGAGAAGGAUUUGGUCUCUUGGAAUGCAAUGUUGUUUGGAUUUGGAAUGCAUGGGUUGUCUAGCAAAGCUUUACAGCUAUAUGAUGAUAUGGUGGCACAUGGGGCAAAGCCUGAUAAAGUAACCUUCAUUGGCUUGUUGACAACUUGUAGCCAUGCAGGGCUUAUUGAUAAAGGUCGUAUAUUUUUUGAUUUGAUGGGCUCUGUAUGUGGGCUAACCUAUGAGAUGGAUCAUGUAGCAUGCAUGGUAAGUAUGCUCGGCCGGGGUGGGUAUUUGGCAGAGGCAAAUGAGUUGGCUAGUAAAUACUCAGAAAAAGAGAGAGUUGAGGCUAAGAGCACCUCAUAUGAAGCCUUGCUAGGAGCAUGUUCCAUGCAUGGGGAUGUCGGAAUGGGGAUUAGUAUUGGGGAUUGUUUACAAAUUUUGGAAGCUCAGAAAGAUAUGGGUUAUGUGUUAUUAUCAAACUUGUAUUGUGCUAGUGGGCAGUGGAAGGAAGCGGAGAUUGUCAGGAAAGCAAUGGUGGAUAAAGGGGUAAAGAAAAUGCCUGGUUAUAGUUGGAUUGAAGUGAAAAAUAGGGUGACGGUUUUUGUUGCAGGACACAUUUCAGAUACAUAUAUGGAAGAGUUAUGUAAGAUUUUAAACUCUCUUGAAUUGGAAAUGAGAAAUCCAUACUUUACUAAUUUUGAAGUUUGAAGCAAUCUGCAAUUUUUCUGUCUUAACAUAUGGCAGAAACCAGUUUACAUUACUUAUUUACGCAAAGGUGCCGCAUCCAAAUGAAUUUAACUACAUUUUUUUUGACUUGGGAUCAAAGGACACUUGCAUUCAUAUGUCUUAAGCUAUCUUCUUACAGCAGCCAGUCUUAAGGUUGUUAUGUCCAAAUACAGAAUCUGUAGCAAAGAUAUGUGCAGGGGCAGAGUUGGAAAAGAUAUAUGCAGGCUCAACACUUUACUGACAGACAGAUUCCAUUGUGGUGUUUACUCACUGAGGUUAUAACAUAAUGUCAAAAAGGGCUACUUUCAGAUUAAAAAGUGCUCAGAGGCAAAAACCCAGUGCUCUUCUGUCUUCCCAAAGUCAUGUUUCCAUUACAAUAACAAUGUUGCUCCUAUCAGCUGGAAACUACAGUGCUUGGACUUGCCGCAAACUUUCUUCCCUUGGAAACCAUGAGGAAAAGGGAAUGAAUUCACUGCUUGGUUUGAUGUUCAUUUGACUCCAAGUCAAUCAAUGAAGAAUAGUGAUGCCAUUGGGCCCUAGAGCCUUGAAUUAACUCCAUAGAAUAAGCAUGCCUAAAGAUCACUACUUGGGCAAUAAAAGAGCAUUUUGUCACCUCUUAUGGUGUAUGUCAAACUCAAAAAAAGUAGACAUGUCAAACGGAAAUUGAUUCCUUUA